AUGAUUGCGAAGGUGGAGACAAUUCGGGCAAACCCUUUAGCUGCAAUGAAGGUGGCCGAUGAGGAGUUCAAGGUAGAGGAGAUCAACCGGGCCAAAGCAGCCAAGCAGGAGAAGACCCGCUGCCAGGCCUUCUUAGAGUCCAUGGGAUGUUACUCCAAGAGGGAAAAUGCAGAGAUCAUGGAGACAGUGAUUUUAGAGAAGACGAUCAUCAAGCUUGGCUCCCUGCUAGCUCUUGGCUUUGGAGAGGCGGGUGCAAAUAUCAUCGAGCACAACAUGCACGGCGUGGACAGCGCCUGUGUGGAUGCAAUGGUGGAAGGUACUCGCGUAGAAUGUAUCCUCGGUGCCACGAGAAUACGAGAUUUCAGCACCGCAACAGAGGUACUUCAGGCCAAGGUGAUGACGUUCGUCAACCAAAUAGCGGAGAUCGUCCAUGGCGUCGUGGACGAGUUCCACGGUGCUGCCAACAAAAACAAUGGUGAUACCUUCCUUAUGAUUUGGAGGGUAGCUGGUGAUGAUGAGAAGGUCGCCAAGAUGGCGGAUAUGUCUAUUCUGGCAUUCACAAGGAUUCUUGGUGCCAUACAUCGGACUCCAGUGCUGGCAGCGUAUCGUGGUCAUCCUGGCCUACAGCAGCGCUUGGGUAAGAAUUGCAGGGUGAACCUCAGCAGCGGCCUGCACUAUGGCUGGGCCAUCGAAGGAGCAGUGGGAAGUGAGUUCAAGAUUGACGCCUCAUACUUGUCGCCUAAUGUAAGCAUCGCAGAGACCGUGGAGCGGGCAACGCAAAUCUACGGCGUGAGCUUACUGGUCGCCGAGUCUGUGGUUUCCAUCUGCUCUGCCCCAGUAGCAGCCAAAUGCCGCCUCGUAGAUAGGGUCAUCAUUACAGGGUCGGUGGUCCCCAUGGACCUCUAUGUGAUAGACUUGGAUUACAUGAGCCUUACGGUGGAGCCACCUUUGGGACCCCAGCGCUGGACGACCAAGGAUAGGUUCAAGGUAAGACAAUUUCUCGAGCACGAGAAGGAUCAGAAGCUGGCAGACAAUGUUAGCAUGGUCAAUCUCUUCAACGAGAAUGCAGACAUUGCCUCCAUGCGCUUCCGGUUCACAUUGGAGUUCAUCCAUGUCUUCAACAUGGGGUACCAGAAUUAUUCACAGGGAGAAUGGCAGGUAGCACAGCGGAUGUUAGCUCGUACGAGAGACAUGCUCGGGGUGGAGGAUGGGCCCAGCAUAGCGCUCCUGAAGUUUAUGGAGCGAACAAACUUCGAGGCUCCAGAUAACUGGUCGGGCAUACGCGAUCUUGGCCAUGCGUCGUUGUCCUAA